AUGGAGCCCGGUGGAGUGUGGAAACUGCAGCCUUCUAGAUAUAUGUACAUGUCCCACACCAUCCCUCCCUCUCCCUAUUUUGUCUCUUUCUCACUUGACUCUGUUUUGAAGGUCUUAUUGGGUGAAAGACUUGAAUGCGAUGUGGACAAAAUCAUACCAUCCAGAGCUGGAUUGCAAACUGUUCUGGAAGUCUUGAAGAUUCAGAUGAACUAUUGGCCUACAUUGGAGUCCAGCUUUUCGAAAUUGCUAUCAAAAUGGGGACCCUAUACAUUCCUGAACAGGAAAAAACAGACAAAAAAGAGACGACGGACUGUGGUUCCAAUUUGGUGGAAAUGGGGACGAAAAAGGUUAUUGUAUCGCAUCCUAUGUGAGCAGCUUCGACUGAAAUGA